AUGGACGACCGGAAGUUGAAGCGGCUCGUGGCUUCCCGAAAUCGCUGCUCGAAUUCUCGGCCGACAGCUGGAGGUCGUGCAGCGAUUUGGUUAUCUGAAAACGAAGAAAAUGGCACCUUGUGUCCGCACUGGCAUCCGGCUCCCGCUGCUCCGCACACGGUACACGGGGCGCCGAGUAGAUUUCCGUUGGAGAAGACCGCCUGGAAAUGGGUGACGCGGUGGUGGGUCGUAUUUUGGGUG